AUGGAGCUCGACGCCGAUAGAGCAGCUCAACUUCCAAAAGAAGAAAAAAUGAUAUAUGCAAGGGAACCAAAUGACAUGGAAGGAUAUGGAAGUGAUAUUAUAUAUUUCAGAGAUCAAAAGCUUGAUUGGACAGACAGAAUAUACCUCAAAGUGCAGCCUGAAGAACAGAGAAACUUCAAAGUCUGGCCAGAAAAACCCAAUGAUUUCAGGACAACUGUAAUAGAGUAUACUGAAAGGCUAAAAUUGCUAAACGAAGUGAUUUUGAAGGGCAUGGCAAAGUCACUGAACUUGGAAGAGUACUGUCUCUUGAAGGAAUGCGGAGACAAAGAUACAAUGCUCUUGAGAUUCAACUACUACCCUCCUUGUCCCAUGGCGGAUCAUGUCCUCGGCCUGAAGCCGCACGCCGACGGAUCAACUGUUACUUAUCUUUUGCAGGAUAAAGAAGUUGAUGGCCUCCAAGUCCUCAAAGAUAAUCGUUGGUUCAAAGUUCCCAUCAUCUCUGAUGCUCUCCUAAUUAAUGUUGGUGAUCAAGUAGAGAUCAUGAGUAAUGGAAUAUUUCGUAGCCCAAUCCACAGAGUAGUUGUAAAUGAAGAAAAGGACAGGCUUACUAUAGCUAUGUUCUUCACUCCGGAUUCAGAUAAAGAGAUUGGACCAAUUGAGCAGCUAGUGAACGAGUCAAGGCCAAAAUCAUACACACCAGUGAAAAAUUAUACCGAUAUCUUCUUCCAGUAUUACCAGAAAGGAAAAAGAGCAAUCGAAGCUUCCAAGAUUCCACUAUGUGAAGCUGAAUAGUUUUCCUAAUUUAAGUCUUAUAUAUAAAGAACAAUGAAACACAAAUUUUGUACCUUUAUGGGUCUGCCAAUUCAAGGUAUGUAAAGUUUGAUAUUCUUGUAUUUGUUUGGA